CCUGCACCGUAUUCACCGGAUACACGUUCCUGCCCUUCAAGGAUCAAUUUAAAUCUGACCUAGGGCAGAAGCCAAGUUUGGCCUCUGCACUGUCUGCCUGCAAUGCGGACUGCAGUUGCAAGGGCUUCAACUCAGGUGGUUGGGUCAAGACAGGUACCGAUAACGUUGUGGAUUCUUAUACAGACAUGUGCAGCGGCCUGUACAUUCGUGAUAACCCACCAACCUGCUCUCCGCCACCGCCCAGCCCGCCACGACCACCACGACCGCCACCGCAGCCACCGCUGCCACCCUCGCCCAGCCCACCGCCGCCAGUGUCGACGUUAAUCCAAGGCCAAGCCCUAAGCCAGGGACAGAGCCUGUACUCCCAAUCCGGGGCUUACCGGCUUGACAUGCAGGGCAAUGGAAACCUUGUCAUGUACCAGACACGCACGGGUAUUGCCAUCUGGGGACUAGAAAAGUACGGCGCAUUCCCCCCAGCGGUUGCUGGCCCGUACAAGAUGAC